GCGACUCGCACUUGCACUUGCACUUGCACACCCAAAACUGAACUGGAAAAGCCAGACGACGCAACCAUGCAGCUGUUACUGAGAGCUUUCUUGAUGCUGAGCCUGGCCACGCUGCUGCACGCCGCCAGAAAAGGCCAGGGCGUAAAGUCUGGAAAGUCUAGAAGUGGUGCUGGCAAGAGCAAGAUGGCGAGCCUGGUCCUGGAUCCCUCAGUGCUGCCUCAGAUUGUCAGCACCUUCGACUCAUCCAUCGCCAACAAGUCUCUGUCACCGUGGACGUACAGAGACUCCUAUGUAGAAUCUCGGGUGCCCAGGAGGAUUUCCCAUGCUCAGUGCCUGACCUCUGGCUGCCUGAGCCUGCAGGGAGGAGGUGAGGAAGCCAACCUGGUGGCUAAACCCAUCCACUACCAGGUCCUGGUCCUCCACAGAGUCCAAAGGCGGCAAAGGAGAAAAAGCAAAAGAGGAAAGAAAGCAAAGAGCCUGUAUGUCUUCAAACUGGGGACAGAGGUGGUCUCCGUGGGUUGUACGUGUGUGAGGCCCAGUGUGUACCAGAGCCCUAACACACAGUAGCAGUUCUUCCAGUCUGCUGUUGAUGUUAUCGAACGUGUGUAGCUCAAAUCUAGCGAUACCUUUAUGUUAUCACUGCUUCACUGUGAAAUGUCUGAGUGAAUAGUUAGUGCUAUCAUGUUCCUGACCUGCUGUGUUAGCUGUCAGCUGCAGUAGUUACUAACAAGCCCUGCAGCAGCAUUAGUUUCAUGAAGAUGGACGCAUGAAUAUCACUGUACCACUUGAUAAUAUCACGGAACUGCGUAGAGCUGUGUUUCUCUCUGCCCGCUAAUAGUGGAAAAAACAUUUCAUGCAGCUUUUAUUCUGUCGGCAACCUCAUCUUGAAAAUGUAUUUUUUUAAAUGCUAUUGUAAUAUAACUUUUCAUUAGGUUGUGUGUAUUUUUUUCCUCAUAUUUUGUCUUUUGUCAAUGUUUCCCACCCGUUUUUCUCACAUUUUAUUAUAACCCUGUUCUUAUUUUAAUGUAAAAUCUUUAUUAAAAUGUUUUAUUCCAACUUAUGAAGUUAAUCAAAAGUUAUUCAGUCAAGUUGAUUUUACUGCAAAGCUGUGUGUGUCUGUUUAUGUGUGUGUGUCUGUGUGUAAUUGUCUUCCUAUAGUUAUGGGGGCCAAUUUUGGUUGAGUACUACAAUUCAAAGGAGUUGUGGGUUAAGUCUUGGUUUUAGGGU